UAGAAGUAGGUGUCGUUUUGCGUGAAAUCUAAUUAGAAGAUAUUAAUCAACAACUAUUCGAUAGGGGGCGGAUGUUGAAAAAGCGCCGUUAGAUUGUGAGAGCCACCAUGGCUAUGUCUAAAGGGUUUAAGGUUUUAGAGAAAUCUUCUCCACCUAAUCCAUAUAGUAUUAUCCUCCAGCACAGAAAUAAAGACACCGCACUAUUAUUCGAAUCUCAGGCUGUUGUUGCGCUGUCUUCACAAGAAACAGAAACUUUACGGAAGCAGUAUCAUAAAAUUGCUGAUGCGUAUGGAUGUUUAGGAGUUUUACAACUAAAUUCUGGUGAAAGUUGCUUGCUGUACCUGGUUCUUGUCACGGGUUGCUGUUCGGUUGGUAAGGUAGGUGAUGUAGAGGUCUUCAAAAUUACUCAAACACAAUUUCUACCACUUUUCUAUCAAUCUCAAGGAGAAGAUAAAGUGUCAGAGGUGAGAAAAUUACUUAAUUCAGGAACUUUCUACUUUUCUUGGAAUGCUAGUAGAAAUAAUGAAAACUUAUUUGAUCUUACACUAUGUGCUCAAAGGAAAAGUAAAGGAGGCAGUCCAGACAAUAGAUUUUUCUGGAAUAGAACAUUGUUCAUCCAUUUGAUAAGAUAUGGAAUAGAUUGCGAUGACUGGCUCACUAGGGCUAUGUGUGGUUCAGUUGAGAUAAGAACUAUAUAUGUUGGACAUCGGCAAGCUAGAGCUGUAUUAGUGUCUAGACUUAGUUGUGAGAGAGCUGGCACAAGGUUUAAUGUGCGAGGAUGCAAUGAUGAUGGAAAUGUUGCAAAUUUUGUGGAAACUGAGCAGGCAAUAUAUAUUGAUGAUUCUGUAGCAUCUUACAUUCAAACUAGGGGAUCGGUCCCUUUAUUUUGGGAACAACCAGGUAUACAAGUUGGAUCGCACAAGGUAAAGAUGUCAAGGGGCUAUGAUGCAUCAACAAGUGGUUGUGAGAGACACUUCUCUCAGCUACAAAGGAACUAUGGUUCUAUUGUUGUCGUAAACCUUCUUGGUUCAAGUUUGAUUGGAGGAAGUGAAGGGGAGGCUACUCUGAGUAAUGCAUUUCAAAGACAUCUCAAUGAAUCUGCCCAAACUGACAUUGUACAGAUAAUUUUUGAUUAUCAUCAAGAAGUAAGAGCUGCUUCUAUAGAAACUGCUUUAGCAAAAUUUAAGAAGAUAAUAGAAAAGUGCUAUGACAGCAUUAGUAUUUUUAGUGCUAAGGGUAAUGAUAUUUACAAUGUUCAAAAAGGUGUAAUAAGAACUAAUUGUUUGGAUUGCUUGGACAGAACUAAUUCUAUACAAACUUUUAUUGGCCUGGAAAUGCUGGCUAUUCAGCUAAUGUUAUUACAGUGUAUUGACAAAAAGCAGAACGUAAAUAGAUUUGAAGAAGUUUUUAAGCAGAUGUGGGUAAAUAAUGGUAAUGAAGUGUCUAAAAUAUAUGCUGGGACUGGUGCAAUUCAAGGUGGCUCAAAACUAAUAGAUGGAGCGAGGUCAGCUGCUCGCACCAUACAAAACAAUUUACUUGACAACUCUAAACAAGAAGCUAUCGAUAUAUUGCUUUUAGGAUCCACACUGAAUUCAGAGCUUGCGGAUCGAACAAGAAUACUACUACCAUCUAAUAUUCUACAUACCUCAACACCAGUAUUAAGAGAAAUGUGCAGGAGAUCCAGUGAAUUUACACAGCCUUCCAGUAUCCGUAUAACUAUUGGUACAUAUAAUGUAAAUGGUGGCAAACAUUUUAGAAGUUUAGCUUAUAAAGACGUAUCACUCGCCGACUGGUUGUUAGAUUCACCAAAUUCAUCAUUAAUUAACACUGUUAAUUUGAAAGAUCAUCCAUCAGACAUUUUUGCUAUUGGCUUCCAAGAGAUUGUCGACCUUAAUGCUAGUAAUAUCAUGGCAGCAAGCUCAGAACACGCAAGAGCGUGGAGUGAAGAACUUGAGAAAAUAUUAUGUAGAGAUGCCUCUUACACUCUUCUGUCUAGUCAUCAACUGGUUGGAGUUUGUUUAUUUGUUUUUGCUAGAAAAGAUUUAAUUCCACAUAUAAGAGAUGUUGCUCUCGAUUCUGUUAAAACUGGCCUCGGCGGAGCUACAGGAAACAAAGGCGCAGUGGCAAUUCGUUUGGUUAUAUACGGAACCUCUUUGUGUUUUGUUUGUGCUCAUUUCGCUGCAGGUCAAUCGCAAGUUACGGAACGAAAUGCCGAUUACACUGAAAUCACUAGGAAAAUUGCGUUUCCUAUGGGAAGAUCACUUUAUUCUCAUGAUUACGUGUUUUGGUGUGGUGAUUUUAAUUAUCGAAUUGAUUUAGAUAAGGAAGAGACUCGAUUAUUGGCAUCUCAGAAUAAUAUACAAAGACUUCUAGAUCAAGACCAAUUAUUACGCCAGAAAUCACAGGAUCUAGUCUUCAAAAACUGUUUUGAAGGAGAAAUUACUUUCCUACCAACUUAUAAAUAUGAUUUAUUUAGCGACGAUUACGAUACGAGUGAAAAAUGUAGAGCCCCGGCCUGGACUGAUAGAGUCCUUUGGAGAAGUAGAAAACAUACAAUUGAUCCUGAAAAUACUUCUGAAAUGGCUGCUGGAAUAUUACUGCAUUAUGGCAGGGCUGAAUUAAAGCAAAGCGACCAUCGUCCAGUUAUUGCAAUUUUAGAGAUUGAAGUUCUACAAGUUAGUUACACUAGAUGUAUGGAAGUUUUUUAUGAAGUUGUUAAGGACCUUGGCCCUCCCGACGCCAGUAUUAUUGUAAAACCAAUGGAAGAAAUAGACAGCGAAGAUUCCAUUUUCGAUGAUAAUAUAAUGGCGGGCGUUUUACAAGAAUUGUCAACCAUUGGUGAAGUGACAUUAGUACGUUUUGUCGACGACCAUACUUUGAGUAUAACUUUUAGAGAUGGCCAGCAUGCAUUAGCUGCGUCACAGAAAGGAUACAUUAACAUUGGUGACAUUCAGUUGACCAUGUCCCUAAAGUCUCCUAAUUGGCUGGAUAUUGUAAAGGCCGAGGUUAAUUUGUGUUCCAAUAACACGAUUCCAUUAUUUGGCGAAGUUCCCGCCGAUCGUCCUUUGCGGUCAGCUCCGCCGACUCCUCGGAGACAGCAGCCGAGUCGACCGCCGGCUCCAUCGCCCACGCCUCUUGUACCUUCGAGAGCACCAACUGGACCAGCGCGCCCGCCACCUCCUAGGCCCGCUCCUAUUCCUCAAGAUGUAGGGAUAGUCUCUCAGCAAAGUUUAUCGUCACCUCCAGCCGAUAGCCUGCCACCACCAACAUGUGCUCCUCCCCCUCCUCCUUCUAAUACCCCACCCCCUACGGGACAUCCGCCUCCAGUACCAGCGCGACAAGGUGCGCCACCACCUCUACCAGCGCGCCCAAGGCCAGUUAUGUAGGUUUCAAAUUUGAGUACUUAAAAAAAAAUUGAUAAACAAAGAUAACACUAUCGAAGCCAUUUGAUUAUAAUUCCUUUUUGUGCAUUUAUCAUUGUAAAACUUAGGUUUUCAAUCGCCCUUAGUAAUUUACAACAUAUGAAGCUUGGUAUUCAUUUUUAACGAGGAUUUUUAUUGGCUGUGAUUAUAAAAACAUCGGCGACAGUUUACUUUUAAUAUUUUGUUCGUUCAUAGUUAUUUAUGGUUGAAUAAAAGUUAUAGUCCCUUAAGCACAUUAACUUAGCCUGUGAAUGUAUACAUCUAGACCAAUGUAUUACGAUUCGCAUACAAGUUUUUCACUUGUUGUGAUUUGGUUACUUCUUAAUUUAUCAAUUUAGAAGUUUAAAAUUGUCUUCAGCUGUCUUCUUGAUUUAGUCUGUCAUUACAGAAAUUUUAGUUUUUAUAAUAUUCUUGCAUAAUUAGUCCUGUAGGACAUAAUAAAUAAUAUAUAUAUAUAUUUGGAUCGACGUUAACAUCUCUUUUAACUAUAUUUAUUUAUUGCUGUUGAUCUCAAUAUGUAUGCCUUUAUAUCGUUAAGGCAUUUUUUUAUUUUAUUUAAAACUUUUUUGCUAUUUACUAAUGGGUUCCUAUUUUUUUUAUUUUUUUUUACUUUUUUUUUAAAUAUAGUCUUGUACGUUUAUUGUUUGUAGUUUACGAACAUUCUGAUCAAAACCGGACGUAUUUUAAGACAAUGAACAAAUAAAUAUGUAUAACGUAUAUAUUAGAUAAUUUUUGAUGCUACGUUUAAAAUGUAUUAUCAAUGACAAAAAUGCUUUAUGUAGAAGAUCUAUUAAAAAUCUUGUUAAAACAAUUAUAUUUUAUAAGAGGUUUAGUAGUAGGUAUGUUUUGUUUUUUUUUUGGUUCUUUAUUUAUAAAAGAAAUAUUGCAAGUUAACUCAUUUUUAUUCAAAAUUCUAACUCAAUAAAAAUUGUAUUGACAUAGUCAUAGAUUUCAGCAAUAAAAUACAAAAAAUGUAUUUACAAGGAAGUGAUAAAAAGUAUUGUUCGGUUUUAUUCCGAAUGGUCCUUCAGUUCUUGUGACUACGCCGAGCGGUUCGUCGAGAAAGUCGUUGCGAAGACGAUUGUUAGUAUGUAUUGUAUUUCACGUGCAUAGCUAGUAGAUACUUCACUCCAGCAGAUAUGUAUAACAUAAAUAGAGAAACAAAUACAAUUACAACGAAAGUCUAAAUAAUAUCACCUGUAAUACACCUGUACCUGAUUUGUAGUUUUGCAGUGUGUUAAUCUCAUGUUUUCUUGACACUUAAGGUCAUUUGGAUAUAUCUAUUAAAAAUGUUUUUGCUGAUACAUGUUAAUCAUAUUAUAGAUGUAGUGCUUUAAAAUUGUAUCUGGAACUGUUUAUGUCAAUAGUAGUGAUGUGGCCAGUGUAUGGAAUUAAAAAGAAUAAAUAAAUCAUGUUACAUAA